CUGCUUUAUCGGUCAUGUCAAGCGGGCAGUCGUCAGAUGAACACAGGCAAGCUCAACAAAAAACAAUAGAUCCAUUGGAGGGGCAGCUGCAGGCAGAAGAGCCAAUGAUAGCAGAAAUCAAGCGACUCAGGGAGCGACUUGUCACGCUGGAGGCUGAAAAUGCUACCCUCAAUAUGAAAUUGAGCCAGCAGCAGUGGGAGGUAGAGCAUCGCCUCGCCGAAAUAGAAAUGCAGAUCUGCGGAGCAUCGUCAGCUGACAGCUCAGCAGAGGACAACGAGAGGAACAAGGAGAGCAUCAUUUAACAUAGAUGUCAUCCCAUGGUGUCUGUGUUCGCCUGAGCCAUUCCGGUUUUUAUAGAUUUUUCUUAAAACUUUAAAACUGAAAAGGACUCUUUAUGAGGCUAUUUACUGACACAUUACAGACACAAAAGUGCAAAUAUGUUUAGUACAGUUUUUGUGGAAAGUGACAAUUUGAAUAUUAUGGAUUAUGCAUGCCUAAAGUUGUUUGAAACUUAGAUCAAGGACAUUUAUAAAUGGGUUCGAUGUAAAUAGAUGAUACUAUUAUUAUUACUAAUUUUCCUUAAUCUAGACUUAUGGUCAGUUAUUUUCAUUUUUCAAUGAAAUUUAUAAAAUGCCAUUUAGGUUUGAAGAAAUAAAAAUGUUCUAGCCAAAUUUGAUUGUGAUAAAGAUAUAAUUUAUAUUUAUAAGAGGAACAAUGGUCCAUGG